ACGUCGGUCAUAAAUUUCGUAGUCCUCGAGUUCUUCAAUGUUAGGUCACUGAUCCGGGAGCUCUGUGGAAAUUAGUAUUGCAUGAAAACAAGAUGGAGUCUAAGGGAACAGUUUAGAUCCAGUUUGAAUCCUAUAAAGUCAUUGAGUGGAUCAAAAAUAGUGUCAAAAUGGCAUUCGAAAUCAGUGAGGGAGCUUUCAAAUGGCUGACAGCGAAAAAUUUCACAGCCGGAAGCCAUGAGGAUUUCGAUGCGAGUCCACGGGAUAAGUUGAUCGGAUACUGGGAAAGCUCGUUGAAGAAUCUCAGCACGAAACAGCGGACGGCUUUUACGGUGGUUGUGAUUCUGGUGAUGGUGCUGGCAAUCUUCGGCAAUGUACUGACGAUAAUUGCCAACAUCAGAAGGGAACAACGCCAUUUAUUUCGAGUGUGUCUGCUUUCGCUGGCAUUGAGCGAUAUCCUUUUCGUGACUAUCACAUCCAUCGUCUAUUUGUCGCAAUUCAACAGUGAAUACAAUUCUCUCUGGACUCUGGGUGAGCUGAUGUGCACAUUUGCUCCCUUCUUCCAAACUAUGGCCGUCUUGGUGGAUAGCAUCACUUUGGUAGCAAUUGCCCUGGAUCGAUACAUGGCUGUGGUGCGACUGACGAAAGGAGCCUGGGAACCCAGCGGAGUGCUUUGCAUCGCUUGUGCUGUUCUGAUUUGGGGUCUGUCAGCAGGAGUCGCCAGCCCCAUGUUGACUCUGUACCAAAUCUACAACGUUAUCGUUUUAACAGCCGAUCGAUCCCAUUCGGAUGUAAUCACCGGGUACUUUUUGGCUCAGAUUUGCGCUACUGAUAAGAGCAAAAAUGGCUACUACUUUGGAAUUGUGUUCACCGUUAUCUUCUUACCCCUGCUACUGUCCUUCAUAUGGCUAAAUUCCAUCAUUGCCAAGGAAAUCUGGAUUCGUCGGCAUCCAAUCGACAAGCGUACCAACCCGCCAAAGAAGUCGAAAAAUACCGCCCCAACAGAAAGCACCUGCGAGCGUAAAACAACAUCGACUAACAUAAGUUCCAGCAACGCAUCGGAUCGUCGUCCUCCUCUACCUCCCGCAAGAAACACAAACUACUCCGUCUCCAAGUGUGUGUGUCCCAAUUGCGUUGAUCAGCAUUCACCACCCAGGGUACCACCACCACCGCCACCACCACCACCCCCAACAAUCAACAGCACCCAAACCAACAGUCGCAUGAAGCGUCAGCUGCGCAUGUUCAAGGCCAUCGUGUUCAUCAUGUCGGUGUUCUUCCUGUGUAGAUUGCCGACCUGGAUUUUCUUGCUGAUAAAGCUCCACGGAACCGCCAAUACGAACGUGUUUUGGACACUGCACUACACCUUCGGCAUCAUGGCUAUGAUGAACUGCGUCCUGAACCCGCUGAUCUACACCUUCCUGGGGGAAACGAUCAAGGUGACGGUUUUCCUCCGAACGAUGUGCGUCCGAUUCUGGGUGGAUCCUUGUCUUCGGGUAUUCGCAAGGAUAAGGACAAAAGCCUCCGAGCAGGUCAACAGUGGCAAGGGGGACGUAACGCGGGUGGAAAAAAGACGGUCACAGCAGCGUGAUGGCAUGUUUUGUGGCGACUAGAGUUGAUU